AUGGCGUCACGAGUUGGAUCCGAAACACCAACAUCAUCUGUCAUGAGCACUUCUGAAGGUGGCGGUGGCCAUGAACCCAAGUCUGCGCCCGUAUUUCUUCCAGUUGGAGCCGCUGUUAGUGCAAAAUAUCGCGGCGCCUUUUGCGAAGCGUUGAUUGAACGGGUGACCCUUAACUAUCGUAUUCGAGUUCAAUUAAAGGAUAAGAAGGUCUGCGUCACUCUAGACAAAAACAGCAUUCUAUCCGGCAACAUCGAGCCCAAUGCAGAGGUGUCUGUGCUUAUCAAGGGUGGAGAGUACGCUUCCACCAGUCCACAGACUGCCUCGAUUGUCCGGAUUACUGAUCUCAGUCUCUACACAGUCGUUUUUGAUGAUGGUGACAAGCGCAGCCUAAAACGAACGCAACUAGUACUGAAGGGUGAGCGUCACUUCAAGGAAAGCGAAAGCCUUGAUCGUCUGCCCCUGACGAACCCUGAGCAGUUCAAGCAGCCUGUGAUUGAUCGUAACAGGCGGUAUCAGUCCAGCUUGGAAGAUGAUGACGAUGCAGAUGGGGAAGAGACUCGUCCACGACGCACAGAUGCAUUGAAAGCAGUCGUAGGUGAAGAGGGUGACGAGGAUAGGGAAGAGGAGGAGGAGGAAUGCACGACUCUGGCAGAGACUACUUCUCUAGCAGGCGAGGAAGCAGUGGUGGCUGCAGCAGGACGAAAGGCAAAAAAACUAUCAUCUGGUGGAGGACCUCGACGAAAAUUGAGCACUUCCGCUGCUAUCACUGCCUCCGGUGUUACCGCAGAGGUGGAUGCGGAUGACACCACCGGCACUACCACCGCUCCAGCUGUUUCUAGUGAUGAACAUGACGAGAAUGGGAGUUAUCGUCGUCUCCUUGGCUCCCUUGUAAUGAUUGAUAUGCCUAUCGUUUCAAAAAAUGACUCCUCCCUCUCCUCAACCACAACUGGAGAUACUUCUGCAUUGGCCACAGCCUCAAGACGUCGCUAUGCACCCGGAUUGGUUACUUUACCCUCUGCCAUGCCAUCCAUCGACCUCAAAGCCGUCUCCUCUGCCCCCAAGGACACUGUUUUCCUCGUGAAGUCAUUUCGCGAAAAUCGAUUCUAUGCUGUUCCAAGGUCCUACCUGGAGCCUCUGUCCCGAGCCAAAGCCGUCAAAUUGGCACAUCGAAAUCCUGGCCUGCGAACAGCCUUUGAGAGGGCGAUUCUCUGGCUUGAUCGUCGAGAGUUGCCCGCUUCUUGGGGCUCCGAUUUGGAUACUCUUCUUGGACCCAACUGGCGAUCGGAACCGAUUUCCAAUGACGAUAACCCAGAACUUCCGAAACCUCGUCAUGAUUCAGCCUCGGUGGUUCGGAAGAAGUUGCGUCGCCGACGUCGACAUCGAUCACCAUCAUCAUCUUCAGCUGACGCCUCUUCUUCCUCUUCGUAUUCCGCCUCCGACUCAUCAUGUGUUUCCAUUGUUGCUUCAUCCAGCGAAGGUGAAGCCGCUAGCCCGCCCCUCAAGAGGAAACCACGUCCUUCUAAACCUAUCAAACGUCGUCAACAGCGUCGCAGAAAGACGUCCUCCAUAUCAAGAAGCUCUGCGGCCAGCAGCAGUGCUGGUGCUGACGAUAACGUUGGCAGUAAUGUGGAAGCUGAUGAUGGUGGAGGUUAUGACAGCGACGCUUCGACAAGUUCUGACUCGCCAGAGUACUUUGAGGAAAGGGACAGGUGGAUUGCGAAGCUCUAUCGAUUCAUGGAUGCGCGUGGAACCCCUAUCAACAAGGCACCCAGUAUAGCUAACAAGGAUUUGGAUUUGUUUAAACUUUACAGGAAAGUUGAUCGCUUAGGUGGCUUCCAUCGCGUCACUUCGCAGUUGAAAUGGGCCGCAGUAUACUCGGAGAUGGACUUACCGCAUAAUUUCGCCGCCGGACCCAGAAGCCUUCAGACGGCCUUCAAAAAAUACCUCUUUCCUAUCGACGAUCUAUCGCGUAAACUUGGCACCAGUUUGGAUGAGAUUCCCAUUCCUUUACCGCGAAAAUCGAAAGCAACAGCAUUGUUGACCGCCACUCCUACUACUGCUGGGGAUUCCUCGAACUUGGGGCAGAAGUCUGCUUCCAAGGCAGCAUCUGCAAGCGCUCAGGCGGUGAAAACGCUGGGCAAAGCAGAUGAGACUAAGAAGGAGGCUGGUCAACGUAGGGCCGCUGGAACAAAGGAUGAAAAACUCUCAAAGAUCCCAGAUUCCAAGACAAGACCUUCAACUUCAUCCACACCAGGAGCAUCGAUAUCUAGACCUUCCUCCAGUUUCGUGACCUCAAAGAAGACCUCACCUUCCACAGACGCUGCACCGUCACAGAGAAAGGAGAAAAAGACAUCCCAGGCAGCAUCAUCGACCAUCUCUUCCAUCUUCGACUCUACCACCUCUAAGAAUCACAUUUCACGGAAAUCAGCUACGCCUGAACCAUCACUUCCACCACCACCCCCGCUCCCGCCUUCUUUGGUAUCCUCGAGGAAACCCACCACUUCAAGACAACGGUCGACUGGCGGUGGGAGUGGAGGAGAAUUUUUCGAUGAACCACGCAGCGCAAGCAGUAGUCCUGUUCUUCCCACUUUCGAAAAUGAACCCUUAAAUAGUGAUGAUCCCAGCAGCCCUCAAUCUCCGAUUCCGGUGGGUACUAUGGUUCGCGUGCGUCAUGAGGGACACUGCUACAAAGCUAAGAUCGUUCAACACGUCUACGACCCCAUGCGACCAGUAUCCAUGGCUGAGGGAGAGAGAAAAGAUUCGACGAUGCCAGUAGCAAUGCAAGGACAGCUCCGUUACCGAAUUCACUAUGCUGGAUGGAACGCGCGGCACGACGAGGUUAUCGAUCGGGAGCGAAUCAUUUCACCAAUCAGUUAUGUCAGACGCUCACCCUCUUGUUCUACGCUUAACCUCAUAGAUCCUGCCUCUUCCGCCUUUUCUGAAGAUAUAGAAACUGUCUCAGAUAGCGGGGGGAGACAGCAAGGGCAGAGACGUUUACAGAAACAGCGCGCGAGACAAACGCAACAACAGCAGCAACGCAGUCGACAGUCAGUCAAGCGGCCGCAUAGCUUGUCAACUGCGUGUGAUAGUGACUCAGCAGUGGCAUCCACUAGCGUGAAAAAGGUGUAUAGAGCUGCAACUCCAGAGGAGGUUAAAUCCACUUCAAACAAGAGGAAUUCGGGUGUUCCGACAGUGGACGUACAACAAGCGAAGAAGCGGCGCCUCCAAGCGGAGGGUAAGUUUGCUGAGAGCAAACUCAAUAGGGCAGAAAGUGAACCGACGCGCGGUGUCGGUCAAGCGACAGCAAAGUCCGUCACAAAGAUGACGACGACGACGGGCACCACACCAGCCACUACCGGUAGCAUUGUCGAUGCUGCUACGUCGCUGGCUCAGUCGCCUAAUUUGCUAAAGAAAGUUAUGUGUAGGGAGCCCGUGGAGUUGAAAUCGCCACCAUCUCUAUCGACAGCAAUAACAACGAAGGUGAUAACACCGCCAACGAAGUCCUCUUCCUCUAAGCUGGGUCUGGAGGAUAUAAGCUCCGAUGAAGAUGGUUUUCCACCACAGCAAUCCAACAUCCCGGAAUCUCAACAGUCAUUGUCACCGACAUCGCUUCCGCCACCGUCUUUGUCCCCACCGGCGAAGCGAAUUAAGCAGGAGCCGACUGCGUCAAAAGUUGUGAAGACUGGUUCAGUCUCGUCACCGAAAUCGGCUAAGGCUACAGCGCUGGCAUCACCACCAUCACCUGGGAAGGGAUCUGCGAUCAAAGUCGGAAGUUCUGUCUUCCGUCGUCCUACAGCCAUCAAAAAGCUCACAAAGCUGAAACCCGAGGAAGGCGAAGGUGUGGAAGAACAGGAAGAGGAACAGCAAGAAGUGAAAGAGGAGGAGAAGGUGGCGAAGAUCCUCUAUCCUGUCAAAGCCUCCUUAACGCCUCUCUCCUCCCCUUCGACCUCACCUCGUUCUUCUGAGGCUAUCGAUAACGCCUCUUCCGCGUUUAAAUCCCCUGCUGUUGCCGCAGCCGUCGCUUCCUCAUCUUCUGAAGACGGAGACGAUGGAGAUAAGGUCAAUCUCGUGGCUGCAAGCGAUGUGUUACCUCGGCUCACUCGCAGCCAGCAUCGCCUCAUCCUCGGUGACACUCCUCCUGGGGCUCAACUCCUCACGGCCACUGCAAAUCCACCAGCAGCGGUGAAGAAGGAAGAGGAGAAUGCGGAAGUGACAGAACUGAAAGAAAGGGGCAAGGAAGUGGCAGCUGCUUCCAUGAAGAAGCUGGAGAAAGAGAAGAAAUCGUCCACAAGUGUGGGCAAGAAGACUGCGAAUGCGAGCGAGAAGAAUGUAUUAAAGAGGGACGAAAAGGCAGCAAUAUCCUCGCCUCCAACUCCAAAGGCUUCUGCAUCGUCUCCACCACUACCAGAGCCUUCAGCGUGUAGGCUUUCAACUCGUCCUCCCUCGCCUAUCGGCUCUGUCAUCUCAGAUUCUACAGAACCUAUGAGACUUUCCCCUCCUUCCGACAUGCUGCUCCCGGAAUAUAGAACUGUGGUUUCAAGGCCCACCCAAAUACCCUCCACUUCCUCUGCUUUUGAUGCUUCUGGAUCUAGUAGUUCAACCCCCGCUCGAUCUAGCAGUGCCGAAGUAUCUGCAUUGGAAGAAGAGGAGGGAGAAGCAGAAGAGGAAGAGGAAGAAGGAGAGGAUAUGGAGAUGUCAAAAUCACCUCUGCCACCUCCACGACCCUCUGGUGGACGUGGUAGAUCUCCACGUGGUGCCCCUGGUCGAGUGGUAUCUUCAGCCUCUUCGGGUUUCCGGACUGGCAGAAGGGGUAUACGUGGACGUCGUGGAGCAGCUAACAUGACCACGACAACAGCCGUAAGGUGCUCUUCACUCUCUCAAAGCUCGCCAGUUUCAGAAGGCUUGACUAUUACGGGAGCGACGGCAUCUGGGGUAAAUACUCCAGCACCUCCCACACCGACGGUCCGUCGAUUUGGAGGUCCUUAUUACCCUAUUCCUAAUCUGGAUAUCCUGCCCUCGGGCACCAGGUGUCUGGUUAUGCAACAGCGUCUCAUGCAGAUCAUUGAGGCCUGGAGAUCCGCCAAGCAGAUGCUGAAAGCAGUGGAUCAGCGUGCUGCGGCAGUGAUGGCGGCGUCGUCUUCUUCCGCAAAUACACCCUCUGGAGGUCCUGGAACCGGCGGCGGCAGCAGUGGUAGUUGUGGACGUGGUGGAGGUGGUAUCGGCGGUGCAGCUAGGCGUGGUGGAGGUGGAUUUCGUGGCGGUCCUAGACGACGACCACCGUCGGUGAACUUGGUAGAAGAACCUCCAGCCUCCUCGGUGGGUGCCUGA